GGCCCACUCGAGGUGGUACCGCCACCCAGCCAUACACGAAGGAGGAGGAGGAGAAGAUGGCCACUAUCCUGCAGGAGAGAAAGGAGAAGAAGGAGGCCAAAAAGAAGGCCUUGAAGGAGGAGCAGCCGGCCAAGUUGAAGAAAAUUGAGGAAGAGAUGGCCAGGGAAAAAGAAAGAUUGAAAAAGGAAGAAGAGGAGAAAAUGAAGGAGGUGGAAGAAGAAGAAGAAGAUGAAACGCCACUAGUAAGGAAUAGGGGGAAGUACAGUGGCAGUAAAGAUGCGGAGAUGGAGAAGCGGAUUUCGGAAUGGGUCGCCAACUUGUCCCUGGGUGAAGAGGAAGAGGUCGCUAUGUACAUCCCCAAGGAUGAGCAAGAAGCUGCCAUGAGAAAAUGGGAAGCAGAGGAAGAUGUUCUGGCGCGGCGGGCGAUGGAGGAUGAACAGAGGAUGGCGUGGAAGCUCGCAAUGAUGAGGGAGAAGAAGAGAAGAGUGGAGGCGGCAAAUGCAGCAAUACAGGAGUUGGAGGAGGUGCAGAAAUUGAGGUUGCAAUUAACACCCCAGAUAGAUCUCGAGCGGAAGGUGGAGAUCAUCGCCUAGAGUGUCGAGCGUUUGGCCAAAGUGCAGGAAAAGCACUAUGAGUUUAGCCGCAGUCAGGAGAUAUCUGUGCGUUCGAUGCGAUCGGGGUUACAGGACUUUGCUCGCGAGU